UAUGGCAAACAGUGUCUCUCCUGAACAGAAUCAAAAUCACUGCUCAGCCAUCAACAACAGCAUUGCACUGAUGCAAGGCAACCUCCCCACCUUGACCUUAUCCGGAAAAAUCCGAGUGACAGUUACUUUCUUCCUUUUUCUACUUUCCACAAUAUUUAAUGCUUCUUUCCUGCUGAAACUUCAAAAGUGGACUCAAAGGAAAGAAAAAGGCAAAAAGCUCUCAAGAAUGAAGGUACUUUUAAAACAUCUGACCUUAGCCAACCUGUUGGAGACUCUAAUUGUCAUGCCACUGGAUGGAAUGUGGAACAUUACAGUCCAAUGGUAUGCUGGGGAGUUCCUCUGCAAAGUCCUCAGCUAUCUGAAGCUUUUCUCUAUGUAUGCCCCAGCCUUUAUGAUGGUAGUGAUCAGCCUGGACCGGUCCCUUGCCAUCACAAGGCCCAUAUCUGUGAAAAGCUAUAGUAAGUUUAGACAGUCCAUGAUCAGCCUGGCCUGGAUCCUCAGUAGCAUCCUUGCUGGACCACAGUUAUACCUCUUCAGAAUGUUUUAUGUUGCAGACAGCUCUGGACAUAGAAAUGUUUUCUCUCAAUGUGUAACACACUGCAGCUUUCCACAAUGGUGGCAUCAAGCCUUUUACAACUUUUUCACCUUCAGCUGCCUCUUCAUCAUCCCUCUGUUCAUCAUGUUGAUCUGCAACGUUAAAAUCAUCUUUACCUUGACACAGCAACUUCAUCAGAAUCCCAACAAACUACAACUGAAUCAAUCCAAGAACAACAUACCAAGAGCACGGCUGAGGACCCUAAAGAUGACAGUUGUAUUUGCUACUUCAUUUACUGUCUGCUGGACGCCCUACUAUGUCCUAGGAAUUUGGUAUUGGUUUGACCCUGAAAUGUUACAUAGAGUAUCUGAACCAGUAAAUCAUUUCUUCUUUCUCUUUGCUUUUUUAAAUCCAUGCUUUGAUCCACUUAUAUAUGGAUAUUUUUCUCUAUAAUUGAUAGACUACACAGUAAGUUAUGAAAAAAAUAUCAAGGGAAUUAAUUUUUCCAACUGGGAAU